AUGGCCUCGAGCUCAGCUGCUCGCUUAUCUACGGAAAGCGCCGCUGCGCGGACUGAAAGAUUGGCUUCGGCGGCUUCAACCAUGUCCGCACGCUACGACAGGCUUUCAGUUGAAGAACGUUCACUUCAGAAUUCACGGGACGCAGUCCGCGUGGCUAGGUUGAGGGCUUCACAGUCCCCAGCACAGAAAACCCAUUGUCGUUUGCGGGAUGCCACCGCCAAAGCUUGCUCCAAGGGUUUAGAAAGUCCCGAACAAACAACUUCACAUCGUCUUAGGAAUACUAGGACCACAGCCACCUCUAGAGCUUCGGAACAAACCCAAGAAACCGCUCAUCGUCGCUUUAGAAAUGCCAUAUCCACCGCGUCUGCCAGAGCCUUAGAAAGCCCUGCACAGACCACUGUUCGUCGCGUUAGAAAUGCCCGCUCCGCUGCAUCUGCUAGAGCCCUAGAAAUCCCUGCACAGACCACUGUUCGUCGCGUUAGAAAUGCCCGCUCCGCUGCAUCUGCUAGAGCCCUAGAAAGCCCUGCACAGACCACUGUUCGUCGCGUUAGAAAUGCCCGCUCUACUGCAUCUGCUAGAGCCCUAGAAAGCCCUGCACAGACCACUGUUCGUCGCGUUAGAAAUGCCCGCUCUACCGCGUCUGCCAGAGUCCUAGAAAGCCCUGCACAAACCACUGUUCGUCGCGUUAGAAAUGCCCACUCUAUUGCGUCUGCCAGGGCUGCAGAAAACUCUGAAGUGCGCCGUCAACGGCUCGAAAACAUUAGCAACUUCGAGCUUCUUUGA